AUGCAGGAGACGUCUCAGUAUCAUGUGGAGCACCUGUCCACCUUCAUGAUGGACAAGACAGAGUCCAUUGCUACAGUGGACGAUGCCAUUAAGAAGCUGGUGCUACUGAACUCUAAAGACAAGAUCUGGACCCAGGAGAUGCUGCUUCAGGUCAACGACAAGGCUGUACGGCUACUGGACAUUGAUACACAGGAAGAGUUGGAGAACUUCCCCCUGCCUACGAUCCACCACUGUCAGACAGUGUUGAAUCAGACCAGGUAUCCAUCUAUCCUUCUGCUGGUGUGUCAAGACACUGAACAGCACAGACCUGACAUACACUUCUUCUACUGUGACGAGGUCGAGGCAGAGAUGGUCCAUGCAGACAUCGACAGUGCCCUGGGUGACAACAAACAUGGGAAGAAGAUGCGACCACAGACCUUGAAGGUGAACCAGGAGAAGAUGAAGCGCCACAGAGAGACCAUCAUCCCCGCCUCCUCGGCCCCUAAAGGCCCGACCCCAGGAGGCCGCGUGGCUGCCAUGAACAUGCAGGCGCUAGCUCCGCCCACCAAAACUCACGGACCAGAUGUGGAAAGACGAGGUUCCGCGCAGCAGGACCCAGAGUCCCACGAGAAGCUGGCCCAACGCAUUGAGAAGGACGUGCAAAUCCUGAACUGUUCCCUGGAUGACAUUGAGGUCUUUGUGUCUCGGCUGCAGAAGGCUGCAGAGGCCUUCUCUCAGCUCAACCAGCGCAACAAGAGUAAGAAGAGUAAGAAGAAAGGCCCAGCAGACGGCAUGCUGACCCUGAGAGCGAAGCCCCCCUCCGAGGCAGAGUUCAUUGAUAGCCUACAGAAACUGAAGCUCGCCUUCAACCUACUGGCCAAACUGAAGAAGCACAUCCAGAAUCCCAGUGCUUCUGAACUGGUGCACUUCCUCUUUGGCCCCCUGGACCUGGUUCUCCAGUCCUGUGGUAGUCCAGAGCUGCCACGCUCCGUGGUCUCCCCUCACCUGUCCAGAGAUGCAGUAGACUUCCUGAGAGGUCACCUGUCGCCUAAAGAGAUGACCAUCUUUGAACUGCUGGGAGACGGGUGGACACGACCUAGGGCGGACUGGCCGCGGGACCAGUGUGCUCCUACUUACUUCCCUAAAUUCAGGAACGGGUGGGAGCCCCCAGCUGAGCUGUUCAGGACCUCCCCGUGGGAGACAGAGGGAUCAGGGGAACCUCCCAGGUCCCCCAUAUCCAACCUCAUGUCCCCCUUCAAGUCAGAUGAGAUUUUUGGAACCCAGUCUUUAAACUCAUCGAAUGGGUCCAACAAUGGGCUGACCUCCUUGUCCCGUAAAUAUGCCAAGAUCCGCUACCACUUUGUGGCCCGCAAUGCCAACGAACUGUCAGUACUGCAGGACGAGGUGCUGGAGCGAGAUGAGCGAGAUAGUCCGAACGACGCUUACGAACACUAUGACCGAGAUGCCGUGCUUGAGCCGCGCUACCAUGAGUGUGCCGGUUGCCAGGCAGGCGAGCACGACCGCGGCCGCUGA